UGACCGUUGGCGCUGAGGGGAGGAGGCAGCGCGGCCGCCGCCGUUGCGCAGAUCCGGGCCGCAGCUGUGGGGAGGGCGCCGGGGCCGGUGACCUUCCGGAGGCGGGAGCGAGCCAGGGGGCCCGGGACGCCGAGCGCCGCCGCCAUGAACAACUCGGGCGCCGACGAGAUCGGGAAGCUCUUCGUGGGCGGUCUGGACUGGAGCACCACCCAAGAGACUCUACGCAGCUACUUUUCCCAAUAUGGAGAAGUUGUAGACUGUGUGAUCAUGAAAGAUAAAACCACCAACCAGUCUCGAGGCUUUGGGUUUGUCAAAUUUAAAGACCCAAACUGUGUGGGGACGGUGCUGGCCAGCAGACCACACACACUAGACGGCCGAAACAUCGACCCGAAGCCGUGCACGCCUCGAGGGAUGCAGCCGGAGAGGACGCGGCCCAAGGAAGGAUGGCAGAAAGGACCCAGGAGCGAUAACAGUAAAUCAAAUAAAAUAUUUGUCGGUGGGAUUCCUCACAAUUGUGGUGAGACAGAGCUCAGGGAAUACUUCAAGAAAUUCGGAGUGGUCACAGAAGUGGUUAUGAUCUACGACGCAGAGAAGCAGAGGCCUCGAGGUUUUGGAUUUAUUACUUUCGAGGACGAACAAUCAGUGGACCAGGCUGUCAACAUGCAUUUUCACGACAUCAUGGGCAAAAAAGUGGAAGUUAAACGGGCUGAGCCACGGGACAGCAAAAGCCAAGCGCCGGGACAGCCAGGUGCCAGCCAGUGGGGCAGUCGGGUCGUGCCCAGUGCUGCCAAUGGCUGGGCAGGCCAGCCCCCACCCACGUGGCAGCAAGGAUACGGCCCGCAAGGAAUGUGGGUUCCAGCAGGACAGGCAAUCGGUGGCUACGGACCGCCGCCUGCCGGGAGAGGCGCGCCCCCGCCGCCCCCACCGUUCACCUCGUACAUCGUGUCCACGCCUCCUGGAGGGUUCCCCCCUCCUCAGGGCUUCCCACAGGGCUACGGUGCCCCUCCACAGUUCAGCUUCGGCUACGGGCCUCCACCUCCCCCCCCGGAUCAGUUCGCCCCCCCAGGGGUUCCUCCUCCACCUGCUACUCCAGGGGCAGCACCUCUGGCUUUCCCUCCGCCUCCGUCUCAGGCCGCCCCAGACAUGAGCAAGCCUCCGGCGGCCCAGCCGGACUUCCCCUAUAGUCAGUACGGUUACGGACAGGACUUGGCUGGCUUCGGACAGGGCUUCUCAGACCCCAGCCAGCAGCCCCCCUCCUACGGGGGCCCCUCGGUGCCAGGCUCGGGGGGCCCCCCCGCCGGCGGCAGUGGCUUUGGACGAGGUCAGAACCACAACGUGCAAGGGUUCCACCCGUACCGACGCUAGCUGGCCGGCACCUUGCGGACGUCAGGGCGGCUGAGACCCAGGAUUUAGAACUUGUGAACUCGUGACAAUCACAAACUCGGCAGAAAAAUAGCGACUCGACGGUGGGGGGAGGGGGGCGAGAGGCUUUUGGAGGCGGCGGUGGGUAUCUGGACUGAAGUUUUUAAAACAUAUUUCUUUCUCUAACCCAUCAGCACAAUAAAAAAAAGUCACUGGUUCAACAACAGGGUUU